AUGGCGUCGUCCUCGCAGACGCAGCAACCCGACCCUGACAGCAAUAACACCAACAAAAAUACCAGCGGAAGCGGCGGCGAUGGCGGCGACCAGUCCCUCCUGACCCGGCAACUGCUCGCGCGCGCCCACAGCCCGGACUCGGCCGCGCGCAUCUUCGCCGAGAAGAUCCAGCACCGGCCGCUGCUGCUGAAGCCGAGCGCCGCGGCUUCGUCCGAUGCGCGGAGCGCGCGGCGCGCGGCGCGCGAGGCGAAGGCCAGGGCGCGAGCCGGCGCGCCCAAGCCGAAGCCGCUGUCGGCGCGGCAGCGGCGGGCGCUCGGGCUGCGCGACGCGGGGCGCCGCCGCGCGUACGCCACGUACGAGCCGCUGCACCGGCUGUGGCUCGGAUACGUGCGCGAGGUGCUGGGCGGCGACCUGUACGGGCGCGGCACGGCGGCGGCGGCGGCGGCCAAGCUCGCCGCGGCCGACUACCACGGCGCCGAGGCGGAGGUGGCGCGCAGCCGGUGCCCCAGCCGGGUGGGCAUCCGCGGCAUCGUGGUGCGCGACGCGCGCUCCGUGUUCGAGAUCGUGACGCGCGACGGCCGCGUCAAGACCGUGCCCAAGGAGGGGACCGUGUUCCGCAUCCGGGUCCCGGCUGAGGGCGACGGCGGCGAGAAAGUUGCUGCUGCUGCUGGAAAGGGCGAGGGUGAGGGGGUGGCGGAGAGCAGCAGGCCGUUCACGUUCGAGAUCCACGGCGACCAGUUCCGGUACCGCGCCGCGGACCGCGCCAACAGGAAGUUCAGGCAGCAUUUCCUCAAGAACCUCUAA